CCUUCUCUAGCUUUUCUAAAAAAAAACAUGGCGGACCAAAGGGCGGACGGAGAAAGUGAGUUAGAAUCUUCCACGAGCUCGAGAAAGCAUUCAGGCACUGGCCCAUCUAAAGUAAUUUUGAUUGGUAGGAGUGGAGUAGGCAAGAGUACUUUGUUCCUGAGAAUAAAGGAUGGCAAAUUUCAUGAYAACAUACAAGGAGAAACUCUUGAUUACUUGGAUAAAAAAAUUAUUGUACUCAAUAACAAAUCCGUUGACAUAAGAUUAUUCGAUACAGCAGGUAUGGAGAAAUGGCAUGAAAAGACAAUAACACGUUCCUACUAUCGUGAAAGCAGAGUAGCGCUCAUUAUGUACAGUGCUGAUGAUAUGGACAGUGUAGAUGACUUAAAAGACUAUAUUGAAGAUGUCAAUAGACAUGCWCCUGGUGCCAAGAAAUUUUUAAUAAGAAACAAGAUUGACUUGGAGGAUCAGGCAGUUCGGGAAGAAGAAGUUGAGGCCAAGCUGAAUGGUAAAGGCUAUUCUUUUGAAAAAAAUCUGAAACAUAAGAUAUCAGCCAAGGAUGGUGGACAAGAAAUUGAGGACUUAUUAAAGGAAGUUGGUAUUGUACUUUUAAAGCAAGCAAAGUCUCCAAAGGAAACACAAACAAUCAGUUCUUUUCGGAUAAACACUCCCACAACAACACAAAGUGACAAGAAUGCUUGCUGUUGAUUGAAGUCUAUGGGAGGGAAGUCARUAUCAUUUUAAAGCUUAUAUGCUGCCAAGAAUCAGAGUUUUGAACCUUUAAUUGGUAUAUUUUCAAAUAAUUGCAGAAGGUCACAGUGUGAAUGCCAAAGCCAUGUGAUAUAUUGAAAAUGUUCUGUCGUAAGACUUCCUUAUACAGAUGUACAUAUACAGGGUCACUAAUGUUGGUAUAGAAGKCUUCUCAUGUACACACUGAAGCUUCAUUAUUAUGUAUGCAAGCUUAUGUACAUACAUGUACAUGUGCCUAUUCAUGCGGAAUAUAAAUACCAAAAAAAAUCUGGUUCACUAAAGCAAUUGAACUCCUGGCUUAAUGGUUAGGUUUAGGGAAAAUAUAGUGUUAGGCAAUGCAUAGCACUAGUUCAAAUCCUAUCAUCUUCCUUUAAAAAAUUUCUUUUCAGUUUAAGUCUUUAAAUUUUCUAAGCUCUUCUCCACAUAAUAUGUACAUGAGAGGCCUUCUGUAUGAGCAUCUGUAUGUGUACAUAGGAGUCGUAAGUCAGAUCCUUCUCAAAUGUUCUUCUUAAUUGACCAAACAGAGGUUAACCAUCACCUAACAACAUUUUUAAAAACAAACAAUAGCAAAACUUUUUUUAAAAUUUUCUAAACUCUUCUCCACAUAAUAUGUACAUGAGAGGCCUUCUGUAAAAAACAUAUAUAUGUAUAUGUACAUCCGUACAUCGGAGUCAUACGUCAGAUCCUUCUCAAAUGUUCUUGAUUGACAAAACAGAAGUUAACCAUCACCUAACAACAUUUUCAAAAACAAACAAUACAAAACUUGACAUUUAAAAAAGAAAUAGAGUUAAAGAUAGAAAUGAUUGAAGUUAUUGAACAUUUAAGACAUAAUAUUGAAAGUGUGUUCAAAUGAAAUCAUUUGAUCGAUUUUAUAUCAAAAUAAACAUUAUUAUGAAUGAUAAGAAAUGUAUCCAUGGUGAUAAUAGCAACAAAGAAUUUUAUAUGUUUUUAUAAUCUAAAUAUGUCUAAAAACAAAAAUGCGAU